UUCGAUACAAGGCGUUUUGUCGAUCUUCAUCCAAGGUUGGGCAUCUUGGCUCCGGUACAUGCUCCGAAUGGCAGCAUACUCGAACAUGAAACACAAACUGCAGCUCAAGGCCUUCUUGCUAACAUGGUUUGUGCUCCAUGCGGCGCAAGCGGGGUCAAUCAACGACAUUAUAUAUCGCCAUUACCAUCACCCCAUGAUCUGUGACAAACUUCAAGCUGGACAUCAGGCAAUGCCUAGAGGUAAUGAGUGGAAUAGAAAGUGACUACUUCAAGAACGAGUACCUUAACGAAGGGAAUCACGAUCAACUCAUGGGUUGCGUCAUGCGCGAGCUUUCGGAGAGGCAUACCAUCAGACUUUGCGAAGGCGACAACUCGUUGAAAAUGCUGACGGGUUGUAUGCAGUCAUCCCUAAAGGAUCAUGUGAUCAUUCUAUUCCGCUGGAGAGUGGCUGCUUUCGUGAAAAAAAUGGAGAUUUGCCUCGACAAAUAUGAAGGCAGCGCCGACGACAGCGAGGAAGAUGAUUCGGCACCGCAUGGAAACAUACUUCAUCCCGAAAGGCUCGAAGAGAAAGCGUCCAGUAACGAAACUUCGGUCGAAUGAAAUGUCUACUGCAUGACAGCGCCAAAACAGAGCGCCACUUUAGGAACAACGUGGAUCUAACAGUUGACUACAUCGAACCAUCGACACAAGACGAGUUACGCACUUGUGGCCUCCGAACAUGGACCCUACUUUCAUUGUCAAAGUAUCUAAAUAUUGGGCGUUUCAAUAAAGAUCUUCCUCUAGC